UGCCAGGACACGCACCUUCCUCAGCGGCAGCACCCACUAGACCAGACCAGAAUGGAUCCAGGGCCCAGACUGGGCAGAGCAGAGGAAGAGAAUAAUCCUCCAGAUCAGAGAAAGUUUAUAUCAGCAGGUGGUGGUAAUUUGGCCUCUGAAUGCUGCAAACACAAUGGCCUAAUCAACACCAGAAAUGUGAUGGUGGAGACCAAGGAAGGACGAGUGUCAGUGUACUCGGCUCCAAAGUAUCAAGGCCACCUGGUGGUCAAUCAGUCUCCUCAGCUAGGAGGUCAAGACAAAAAUGGGACACAUAAAAAUAGCCACCACCCACAGCAGCUUAACCCCAGUACCCUGUCUGUGGACCCGUUCUACAGACCCAACCUCAUCUUGUACCCGGAGGGAGUGCUAAGGGUGUGUGGGGAGGGAGUUGAUUGCUGUGAGACCACCUUUAUUGAGGACAUGGCUUCUUCUAAUUCUGGCACUGCUGUCACAAAAGAUGGGCUUAUGUUGACUGACAACAAAUUCUUAUCUGUGGAGGAUGCCAAGAUUCAUACACUGUCCUACGACGUGGAUGAUGAAGAUGAUGACUUUCAGGAGCUGGAGAGUGAGUACUCAAGUGACUCGGAAAGCGAGGACAACUUCUUGAUGAUGCCUCCACGAGACCACCUGGGUCUCAGUGUCUUCUCCAUGUUGUGUUGUUUCUGGCCCCUCGGCAUUGCCGCCUUCUAUCUGUCUCAUGAGACUAACAAGGCGGUGAACAAAGGGGAUUUUCACCAUGCCAGCUCUAGCUCCAGACGGGCUCUCUUCCUAGCUGUGCUGUCCAUCACCAUUGGGACUGGCAUUUAUGUUGGUGUGGCAGUGGCACUUAUUGCAUACCUUUCUAAGAACAACCACUUGUAGCCUCACCUCGUCUCCCAU